AGCAUUUCCACAAAUACCACAAACGGUAACAUUGAGCACCCAAAAAACGUAAACAAUUCAUUGUAAAUUGCAAUUUCCCGCUUUUAUUGCACAAAAAUGUCCAUGCAAAAGGCCAAAGUCAUCGACCAGAAGGAGUACCUCAAGAAGUACCUGUCCGGCGACAAGGAGAAGAAGAAAAAAAAGAAGGAGAAGAAGCACAAAAGGAGUUCGGCCAACGCCAAAGUGAAAAUCAUCGAUGACGACGCCUACGAAAAUGAUAAUCUGGAAAUGGACGAGGAUCUGCUGCUGGGCGGCGAGGAUGCGCCCCAAAUUGUGGGCGAGUACAUCGAGGAGGAUCCCAAUGUGCGCAGCAAGUGGCGCAACAUUGCCGUCAAGGAUGAAAUCAAAGAAGAGCACGAGGAAUCCUCGCCAGCACCUGGCAUUCGCAUCAAACAGGAGCCCUUGGAUGAGGAGCAGGAGAUGUGGGGACGCAAGGCGACAGUUGUCAAGGUUAAGGAUGAGUUCUCACCCUCCAGACGAAAGUCACCCGUCAGAAUUAAGCAAGAAAAACGCAGCAGCUCUAGGGAUUUAAGUCCAGCCAGAUCGAGAAAGCCAGCAAAGCGGGAAGAGUGUCCUCAAAGGGGGAGAAGAAGGGCGGCAAGCUCAGAUCAGAGUCCUCCUAGACGAGGGCGAGAUGGCGAUCAGUCUCCGCCUCGCAGAAAGCGGAGAGAUUCCGAUCAGAGUCCGCCCAGAAAGGCCAGGAAUGACAAACAUUCGCCAGCAAGGAAAAGGCGCGACUCCGACCAAAGUCCGCCAAGAAAACGAACGGGAAAAGCAUCACCUACCAGAAGGAGAAGGGAUGCCGAUCAAUCGCCACCCAGACGCCGCAGAAGUAACUCCGAUCAGAGUCCGCCCAGGCGACGUAGAGACAAGGAUUCAACUCCGCCCAGAAGGAGAAGAGAUUCCGAUCAAAGCCCACCUCGAAGACGUAAAGCAGACGAUCAAUCUCCGGUGCGAAGGGAAAGGAAAGACUCCGACCAAAGUCCGCCCAGGAAACGGAGAGGCAGUGACCAGUCUCCAGUGCGACGAAGGCGGGAUUCGGAUCAAAGCCCACCCCGAAGACGCAGAGAUGACAAGCAAACGCCGCCAAGGAGGAGAAGAAACUCAGAUCAAAGCCCGCCAAGAAGACCUAAGGAUGAAGAUCAAUCGCCACCGCGAAGAAAACGAGACUUCGACCAAAGUCCAAACAAAAAACGAGACAAAUCCCCACGCAGACGUCGCGACUCCGACCAAAGCCCGCCCAGAAAUCAGAGAAGUCGAGAUCAGAGUCCGCCGCCUCGUAAUCGCUUUAGGGAAGAGAGAAAGAGUCGCUGGGCCAAGGCAUCGCCCAGCAAAUCAGCAUCUCCACCUCCUACACACAAGCCGAAAUCCACCAAGACACUAGAUGGCAAGAAAGCUGGACUGCAGGAUGCGAAAUCGCUGAAGAAGGAAACCGACGAAAGGCGGCGACAAGAACAUGAACUAUUCGAGAAAAUGUCCAGCGAGAUUUCCGGUCGCGAUGGCGAUGUGCAGGUGCGCAGUACUCGCAGAAAGGGAAACCGAGCACGGGAUGCCGCCAACGAGGAUCCCGCCGAGCAGGGCCGCAAGGAGGAGCACGAGAAAAAGAAGAAGGAACUCUACGAUCGCUGGGGCAAGGGCCUGAAGCAAAUAGAAGAUCACAAGUCCCGCCUGGAGGAGAUGGUCCAUGAAGCCUCCAAACCGGUGGCUCGCUACGCCAACGACGAGGAUCUGGACAGGCAUCUGCGCGAGCAGGAGCACGCCGACGACCCGAUGCUGGAGUACAUGCGCCAGAAGCGCAAGAAACGCGACCAGCAGGACAACAAGCCGGUGAUGCCCAAGUACGAGGGCAGUUUUCCGGAGAACCGCUUUGGCAUCCGACCAGGAUAUCGCUGGGAUGGCGUCGAUCGGUCCAACGGCUACGAGCAGCGGUGGUUCGACAAGCAGAACGAACGGCGGGCGGUGCAGGACGAGGCCUACAAGUAUAGCGUGGAGGAUAUGUGAAUGUUGCAAGCGUUGUUUGCUUACUUGUUGCAAUAAAGAUGUAGCCACUGCCUGUAAAAAGCAAAAGAAAAAUUACACUGUUGUUUUCUAUGUUUUAUUGAAUUAUUUUGAAAAAUAAAGAAUGUAAAUAGGCGAGAUAAUAUUUAUUUAUAAAUUUGUUUGAAUGGUACAAAAAUGUGAUUUUCAAACUGCCCGCCACUUUCCCGCCAAAUCGGCGUGCCACCUGCAACACUGGUCGCCAGCGCAAUGCAACCCUGUGUGUAGAAUAGCGGAGCAAAAGCAAAUGGUAAAUAGUCUUCAUCUACACCUGCGACCUGCUCGUCGCUCCCAACAAAUCGUUUUAAAACCGCGAAAUAAACCGUUUAACUGGUCAAAACCCAUUGCAAUUAUCAAAUUGAAAGUGUGCCGCACAUUUUGGCUCCAAAACCAGACGGGGUUGGCAUUUAGUGCAUUGCAUUUUGAAAAAUUGCCAAAGUAAUUAGUGAGAUACUACAAGAUAAAGUCGGGCCUGGGCGCCCAUCUAGAGAGGGAGAGGAAGAAGUAGCUAUAAUCCCAGACCACAGCGGUACUCCCCGCCGUAGAUACAAUGACAGAGAAUCAGCUGUAUCCCAUGUCAUCGGAGUUCUUUGACACCGGCUCGAACAGCAGCAACAACACACUCAAA